AAAAAAAUAAAAAUAAAAAAGAUACUGCAUUUUGCUUACGGCGACAGAUUUUUAUAAAUUUUCCAAUUAUUUAUAAAAUUACUAAAUAUUUACUAAAACUAUUUUAAUAUAAUACUAAAAAAUACAUAUUCUUUAAUACGAUGACUGAUCCAAAUUUAAUUGAAAUCAAUGAAAUCACUGGAUAUUGGUCAUUUUUGAUGAGUAUCGAUUGGAAAGAUCCUUGGUUAAUUGGAUUGGUGUCAUUACACAUUCUAACUACAGCAACAGCUCUAAUGUCGAGAAACAAUACAAACUUUCAAAUAUUUCUCUUUUUGAUGCUGUUAUCGAUUGUAUACUUCUCGGAAAGUAUUAACGAAUAUGCUGCCUUAAACUGGCGUUCCUUCUCAAAACAACAAUACUUUGAUAGCAAUGGACUUUUUAUAUCGACGGUGUUUUCAAUUCCUAUAUUACUCAAUUGUAUGCUCUUAAUUGGAGCAUGGUUGUACAAUUCAACUCAAAUGAUGACAAAACUCAAAACCCGGCAAUUAAAAGAGCGAGCGAGGCGCAUCGAAAAACAGAAUUCUUCCAAAAGUGAUUAGGAAUAGUGGAACUCCUUCUACACGAAAGGAGUUUAAGUUAUAAGCAGAGUUAAUAUAGUUCUUUGUAUUCGAUAGUAUGUUAAUGGGAAUUAUAAUAUUUUUAGUCUGCUUUUGUUAUUAUAAUUAUUGUCUUUUUUUGUGAUAAAUACUUAAAAGCAUUACCCAUUUUA